UUUUACAUUCAUUUACAUACUGUAAACGGCAUGUCGCGGUAAUGUUUUUGUGAUCGUGUUAGUUUUAAAAAAAAUAAAAAAUGAGUGAGAGUGCAGGCGAGGAGGGCAGUGCACAGCCGUUGCUGGAAAGGAGAGGGGAAGUGGAUGAUGAAAAAGAGAAGAAAGUCACUGAGAGGAAAUCUUCCACACUGCCAAGUUCUAGCAGAAGAGUCAACAUCUUGCGUCCGGCGUCAUUCUCCAACUUCCUGGGGGUGGGCCCGCGGCGGCUGAGGGCGGCCGACCCCUUGGACAGCGCGCUGGUGCCUCUCGAACAAAAGGUGAACACGCUGAACGUGCGCCACCUGCCGAAGGGCUCGGCGGUGGUGAGCAUCGUGCUGGUGGAGGCGCGCGGGCUGCCGGACCCGCCCGCCGACGGCGCCUCGCACGGCAUCUACUGCAAGUUCAGCCUGGGCUCGGAGAGCUUCAAGUCGAAGGUGGUCCCGAACACGCGGCAGCCGCAGUGGAAGCAGCGGUUCAAGCUCUCCUUCCAGCGCAACACCCUGCUCAAGAUAUCGCUGUGGGACAAGGGCCGCCAGAAGAACUUCAUGGGAGGCUGCACGCUGGACCUGUUGGAGUUGGAACCGGAGCGCACGCACGAGCGCUGGCAGCCGCUGGACGACGGCUUCGGCUCAGUUCACUUCGCGCUCACCAUGUGCAUCGUCGGCAAGGAGGCCGCGGCCGCCAGUAGCGACGCCCGGCUCGAAAACGUCGCCGUGGAAAAAUACUCAUGGCUAAACAUAAAGAACCUGAAAGAGGACUGGAGCAGCGUGGGGCAACUGUCCGUCAGGGUGCACGGCGCCAAGGGGCUGGCGGGGCGGCCCAGCGCCUACUGCAUCCUCGAGCUGGACAACGAGCGCGUGCAGACACAUAAUGCAGGCUCGUCUGCGGAGCCCGUGUGGAAUAAGGACUUUGUAUUCAACGUGCGAGACGUGACAACGACCCUAGACAUCAAAGUGCACGACAACUCGAUGGUGAACAUCAUUUCGGAUGGGUUCCUCGGCAAGGUGUCCAUACCCCUGUGCCGGGUCCGCAGCACUGAGCUCCGCUGGUACGCACUCAAAGACCGAUCGAAGAGGAACUGCGCCAAAGGAAACUGCCCCAGGAUACUGUUGGAACUCAACAUGGUCUGGCAUCCUAUAAAAGCUACAGCUAAAAUGUUUCGUCCUAAAGAAGUGAAAUACAUAAAGAAGUCCAAGAAGUUUGACAUAGCACUUGUUUACAAUAACGUGGAAUUUAUACGAGAUACGUUCAUUUUCCUGCUAGAAAUUAACGAAGGUUAUAAGCGUUUGUUUGAGUGGGAAAGCCGGGAGUUCUCCUGCAUAGCCCUGACCUGCUGGGUGCUGUUUUGGUUCUUCUUCCAAAUUUGGAUGUUACCGUUGUUGCUUUUGCUGCCCUUCCUUUACUUUGGACUCCGUCUACCAAGUCAUGACGAUUCAUCUGAUAUAAACCAAAAUUCAGAAGUGGUGGAACCAGAGCAACACAACGAAAAGAACGACAAGAGCAUAACAGGGCGAAUGCUGGGUCUGCCUGAGAUGACCCUUACUAUAACGGAUGGAAUAGAGUACAUAGCGUCGGUAGCCGAAAGAUUUGUUAAUUUGGUGACGUUCAAGGUGCCGUUUCUGUCGCAGCUGGCCAUCGUGCUGCUGCUGGGCGCCGCGCUCGUGCUCUACGUCGUGCCCUUCAACUACCUGCUCAUUGCGUUUGGAGUAUACAAGUUUACUAGAAAGUACUUGCAUCCGGACCGGGAGCUCAACAACGAUAUUGUGGACUUCAUCUCGCACCUCCCGGACAAUGAUGUUCUGAAGGACUGGAAGGAGCUGAAAGUCCCGGAGCCUGCCCCGUGCAAUGGAACCAUGAAUGGAACUACCAAAGUGCCGGUCCAACAGACGCAGAGCAACAAAUAAUAUUACAAUCACAGAUAUAGAUAGCAUGGAUGCCGCAAGUGCAUGUACUUCGCGGUUACACAUAAAUGUAUUAUGUUUAACCUAGCCAUGAGUGUGAGCAAGAUGAUGACAGAUGAGAUGCGGCUUAGGUAAGAACGAGAGAGUAGAUAUGAUAAAUGUUGGCAGGCUUGGUUUCAAUUUCAAUACAAAUCGUGAUACAUGCGCUAUCUAUGUAAUCUUUAUCUGUGAGUGUAAGUUUAGUCACUGCGGGUUUCGAAACAUCACAUUAUUCCUGGGAUAUACAUUUAGACUGAAAAAAAUUUAGAUAAGUAGACGGUGAUCAAAACUAGUUAAUUAAGAUAAAUGAAUGCGUUUUUUUACUAUUUAUUAUAGGUGUAUAUUUUACCUUAAAAUUUUAUGUACUGUAGAGUCAGAUAGACAUGGUGACCUGACUUUUUUAGAAUUUAUAAAUAAAUUUAUUUAUUUAGCUGACAUAUACGAGGUAUGGUGUUAAGUACUAAGAUGAAAAUAUUGUGGUAGUUGUGUAAAAAGUUUAUUUUUUAUAAAAAAUAUAAUUUAAGUAUUUAAACUA